GACUAAAAUUAGCCGUGGCCUUGGAAAUGAAAAUUAAUAAAACUAUUCUUUUUGACCGCAAAAUCUAUAACUAUUUCGAUUUGCCCAAAGGUUACCAAAUUACUCAGCAAGAACUUCCUUUUGCCAAUUCUGGCUACCUGCCGAUUAUUAAAGAAAAUAAUACGGUUGAGAAAGUGCCAAUAAAAGUUCUGCAAUUGGAGGAAGAUACUGCCAAAAGCACUUAUUCAAAAGAGGGAAUUAAAUUAGAUUUUAAUCGGGCUGGCAAUCCCUUAAUUGAAUUAGUCACUGAACCCGUUUUUUACCAAGUAGAAACAGUUUUAAUUUUUAUUAAACAAUUGCAAAAUCUUUUGCGUUAUUUAGAGAUUUCCGAAGCCAAGAUGGAGAGGGGUCAAUUAAGAGUUGAUUUAAAUUUUUCUUUACAAUUAGGAAACAAAUACUCUACUCCCCGCUAUGAAAUUAAAAAUCUUAACUCCUUGGCGAAUAUUGAAAAAGCCUUAAAACAUGAAAUCAACAAGCACCAAUUAUUAUUUUCCCAAGGGCAAAAACCUCCCAUUAGUCAAACCCUUGGAUUUGACGAGGCUCAGCAAAUUACUAUUAUUCACCGGGAAAAAACCAAUUACUAUUAUUUGCCGGAAGUUAACAUUCCCCCAAUUAAGUUAAAAG